AUGUUUUUUGUUCUUCUGUUUCUUUCCCGUAGCUGGAGCGAAGAAUAUCUUACAAUAGGCAUGGAAGUAAUGUUCCAUAUCCUUGGUGACACAGGACCACAACUUGUUCAAAAAGUUCUUGAUUUAACAGAUGAAAAGCUUGAAAGACCAUCGUUGGCCGGAUCCUGGCUUGUUGCUCUCAAGAGGCCACCGAGCAACACAGAUUGCUUCGAUCAUUGGCGUUAUUCACAAAGAAAUUUCACUUCAAUAGUAAAUAUGUCAGACUAUCACGCCAAUUCUGAUGAUCUUUCCAGUACACUCAAUUCACUUAACAAAUCGAUCGUUGGACAAACUCUCGAUGGUCCAUGGCCAUAUAACUUUGGAAUGAAAACGUUCUUCACUCUCUACUUAGAAGCAUUUGCUCCAAUUCAUGUUACCGAAUACUUUGAUGAUGGAAAAUUCCUCCAUGGCGAUGACAAUGGAAAGAAAUUUUACAUCAAAUACAAAGGCGAAAACAUGAGUCUUCAUGAUUUCUGGGAUACAGGAUGUGGAAGAUACAUGCUUGAAUCGCCGUAUUCAGCAGAGAAUUGGAAAUCCAUUGAUUCUCUUGUUACAAAGCUUUAUAAGAGAAUGGAAGACGCAACAAUCACAGCACCACUUCCAGCAAACUACGCUGAGGCCAUUGAACAGAGUUUCAACUAUUCUAUUUCUACUGUUUACAAUAUGGACUUAAUUGUUCCAGAUAAAGAACUUCCUGAUGAAUAUGUUAACACUUGCAUUGAAACUACAGAUAAGAGAAUGCUCCAGGCUGCAAGUUCAUUGUCAAAAUUCCUUAAAUACUACAGUGUCCCGAUUAUUAAGAAGAAUCCACCUGUCCAAAUGAUUUCACCUUCUGAAGCUGUUGCAUGGGGUUUACUCUUCUUUGUUGCUCCAUUAACAAUUUACCUUGUAUGGAAAUUAAUCCAUAACAAGAUCAAAUCUGAAUAA